AUGAAGGUCACUAAUCAAGGAGAUGUGUCGGUCUACACGAUAGCCGGCGCCAAUACUGCACGGCCUCUGCCAGACUGGUUGGCCCGUCGCCGGAAACGUAGCUUGAAAACCGAUCCCGAGUACCAAAAUAGGAUAGAACUUCUUCAAGACUUUGAGUUUGAGGAAGCCAGCCAGUGUAUCCGAGUUUCAGAUGACAAUGAUUGGAUUAUGUCUACAGGAACAUACAAGCCGCAAUUCCACGUCCACUACCUACCUCAUCUUGCCUUGUCAUACGCGAGGCAUACCAAAUCUCUCAACACGACAUUUCUUCUUCUCUCGACCGACUAUACCAAAUCUUUACAUCUACAAAGCGACAGAAAACUUGAAUUCCACACGCCCGCCGGAUGCCAUUAUGAAUUACGUUUACCCAGGUAUGGGAGAGACCUGGUCUAUGAUCGACAGUCCACCGAAGCAUUAAUCCCUUCCGUGGGAUUGGAUUCAGACGGCAGUGGCGAGGUUUUCCGAAUGAACCUCGAGGUUGGGAGAUUCAUGAAAUCUUAUCAGAUUGACGUUGGAACCGAUGAUGGUGUUGAAGGUGGCUUGCAGGGAAGUAUUGGCGUCGGAAGUGUCAAUACAGCAGCAAUUGCCGAGAACAGUCACAACUUGUUAGCAUUUGGCACUUCUAUUGGUUCAGUGGAGUUUUGGGAUUCACGAUCCAAAUCCCGAGUCGCCAUCCUCGGUGGUCAAGAAGGGGAAAUAACGGCACUUGACUUUAGUCCUUCUGGCCUUUCUUUAGCCACCGGCACAUCAAAUGGUCUCAUAAAACUUUUCGAUCUUCGAAGCCCGAAACCGCUCUUGCAGAAGGACCACGGACCCGGAUUCCCCAUCAAGAAUCUUAUUCACAUGACAACAUCAUCACAAGAGAAAAAGAUAUUAUCUGCUGACAAACAGAUGGUAAAGAUAUGGGACGAGCUUGAUGGAGAGACAUGGACCUCAGUCGAGCCUCUUGUCGAUAUCAACUUCGUCACGUGGUGCAAAAAUACCGGAAUGAUACUUACGGCUAAUGAGGGCAAGCCUCUGCACAGCUUCUUCAUACCACAAUUAGGGCCUGCACCUCGGUGGUGUUCAUUCCUCGAUAAUAUGGUUGAAGAGAUGGCUGAAGAGGUCACCACCGACCAAUACGACAAUUUCAAGUUCUUAACAUUACCAGAACUCAAAUCCCUCAGCAUGGCUCAUCUAAUCGGCAAGACGAACUUAUUACGUCCUUAUAUGCACGGAUACUUCGUGGCUUCCAGACUUUACGAUCAAGCUCGACUCAUCGCCAACCCAUACGCUUUGGAUGAGGAGCGGGCUAAACGCGUUAAGGAGAAGGUCGAGAAAGAACGUGCUAGCCGCAUUCGCGGAAAUAAGAAGGUCAAGGUCAACCAGAAACUGGUCGAUAAGCUGCUCAAGCGUCAAGAAAAGAGAGCACACGUCGAUACAAAGGCUGGUGUGCUGGGUGAUGCCCGUUUCACUCGCUUGUUUGAGGACGAAGAGUUCAAGAUCGACGAGACUAGUCGGGAGUUCCAAGUACUUAACCCAAGCACCAAGGUGGAUCCAGAAACGGGCGCGAAGACUAGCAUGGCACGCGCUCGGUCAUCAGACGACAGCGGGGAGGACGAAAGCGACCUGGAUCAAAGUGAUGAUGGUGACGAUGGCUUAUUUAAAAGGGACACGCCAAAAGAAGUAGAAAUGCGUGUCAGUUCGUCCAACCGAGGCAGUGGACGGUCGUCUAAGGAUACCUCCUUAGGCUCCAGAGCUCAAAACUCAGGAAGGGUUAGCAAAGCCCGAAGUGGGGAUGUAGUGGGAGAGCGACAAGUCACAUUUGUACCGGAAUCGAGAAGAAAGAAGACUGAAGAGGCCCCGAAAGAGCGGGCUAAAGAUAGACGAACGGACUCGCGACGAAGCGCUAGCACUAAUGUCUUCAGACGACUUUGA